CCAUAUAUUCAUCCUUUUAUUCACCUUCCUCAGCCAUGUCAACCAAAGAAUCAAAACCAAACCUCAGCCAUUCCCAGGUUACAGAAGUGAUCAAGAAACUCUAUGGCCUGACGGUAUCCAACAUUCGACCGUUACCUAGUUACGAUGACCAGAACUUUUACGUGGACUCUAUUGAAGGUGGGGAAUGCUUGAUGAAGGUUAUGAACUCUGCAGACAGUCAAAACGUCACACUGACUGAGCUGCAGACUCACGCUAUGAAUUUCUUAAAUCAGAAAGGUCUUCCUACUCAGACAGCUUUACCAACCUUGACUGGCCAACUUAUGAGUCUUGAAGAACUUGAUUGUGGUUUCGGCAAGCAGAAAUAUUUGGUGCGCUUGCUCACCUACCUGCAUGGCACUACAGUAGCCAAAAUAACCUGCGGUCCCCAGAUCUUGUAUGAGAUUGGAAAAAUGGCAGCUACGUUGGAUACAAUUCUGCUGGAGAUGGAGCACACAGACAUCCGUUUCCUUGAGAGAGAAAGGUUUAUAUGGAGUCUUUCAAAUAUUCCUCUCUUGAAUCAGUACCUGCAUGUGAUGGAUGGGAGUCCCGUACAGAAAAUUGUCAAAGCCGUUUUGGAACAGUACGACACCCAAAUCGUACCAAAACUGACGUUGUUUCGAAAGUGCAUUAACCACGGAGACCUCAAUGACCACAAUCUUUUGGUGGAACCCGACGGACCCUCGAAAUACACGAUCUCUGGCAUUCUUGAUUUUGGAGACAUGAGCAGUGGGUAUUUCAUAUUUGAGCUGGCCAUCACCAUCAUGUACAUGAUGAUCGAGAACCCCAAUCCGGUGGAUGUCGGAGGUCCAGUGUUGGCUGGAUGGGAAAGCGUUUUCCGUCUCAAUGAAGCAGAAAAAGACUCUCUUUAUUUGCUGGUUUUGUGUCGGUUCUGUCAAUCCCUGGUUCUGGCCAGGUACACGGUCACCCAGCAACCAGAAAACGAGGAGUAUUUGAUGAUCACGUCCAAGACCGGCAUUCGACACCUCUGCCGUCUUUGGGAACUAGGGAAAGAAGAAGUGGAAAGGAUUUGGUUCCAGAGCGCUGCACAGUUCAGACAGACGAUUUUAGACACUAACCGUAACUAAACAUGGUAACAUACUAGCAUACUAGUGUGACUUACGUUAAAGGGAUACAGUAGUUAACCCAAAAAGUGAUCAGUUUUAUUUCGGGCCUUAAUUUCAUUUUAAACCUGUAUAUCUUUGUUGUGUAAGACACAAAGGUGAAUAUUUGAAGGAGGUAAAAUGAAUAUAGCGUUGUCUCAUGAACAAUUGUAAUAUUAAAGACAGUAAAUCGCCUACUUCCAUAUUAUAUACACUGAAAAAAAUAAAGGCUGGAUUUACUUAACUUCUUUAA